AUGGCGAUGAUGGCGCAAACUUUGCAAGCAGUGCAAGCUCAAACGCAAGCAGCUUGGAAGGACAGAAUCACAGAGAUUCAUGAGUACAGCGUUUGGUUGGAAGCGUUCACCAAUUGGGUGAGCGUGCUGUGCAAUGCUUUUGGGCCAGAGAUACAAGAAGCCGUGUCUCGAGGGCCGAUGGAAAGGCCUUUGACGCAUGACCUGAUGAACGCUGAACAGUUCCAAAGGAGCCAAAGAAUCUUGCACUUGUUGAGACAAGCAUUUGCAGGAUUUGGCAGAGUGGAAAGUGUUGCUUGCUUGCUUGACUCUGUCGGAGCAGUGCAGAGGGCAAGCGGGUAUGAGCUUCUGAGAAGGAUCACCAACGAGUUUUCCUUGCAAAGUAGGAACGAGGCUUUGCACUACCGAAACCAGCUGUUGUCGUACCAAGUUCCUCACGGGACGAAUCUUUUGGAGACUGUUCGUUUGGUAGAAGUAGCCGUGAACAAGUACCACCGGAUGCUUGAAGGUGGAGUCGGGCUGAGGAUGCCUGAUUUGAGAGUUCAAGAAGCCGACGUGUACUUGAUCUAUCUCAGGAAUGUGCCGGCAGGAGUGAAAAAGUACGCGCAGCUGCAUGCACGGAAUGAGACAGUGAAAGGUGUCAAAGAGGCCAUCGAGACCUACUACAUCCGCACCCGCGUGAUCGGAGGUGGAAAAGGGUCGCCCAAGUGCUGGAACUGUGGCCGCAGUGGCCAUGUGUCGAAAGACUGCUGGGAUGCACAGCCUGACGGGAAAGGAGGCAAAGAAAAACAAGGCAAAGGUGGGAAGAGCCAAGCGAAGGCCGAGAAGGCUGCUGCAGGAGGAGGAGGUGGUGCCUCUACGCCGCGGUCAGCAAACAAGUCCGGCACCAAAUGCUGGAACUGUGGUGAAAAAGGCCACGUGGCAGUGGACUGCAAGAAGCCGAAGCAGGAGGGCAAGGGCAAAGGAAAGCAGAAGAAGGGCAAGCAACGCAGCCUUACUGAAGAAGAAGGGCAAAGUGAGGCUGAGCCUGAGUGUGAAACCAUCAUGGCCUUGAACAGUAGUGAGAUUUCUGUGGUUGCUGAAAGGACUGGGGCGAGAAUCGCCGGGGUUUGUAGUGUGAAGGGUCAGACGGAAGCGUGGCUAGUGGACUCAGGGGCCACUUCGCAUGUGAUGACCCGGGAAGCUCUGCGGAGAUACGAAGUUGUUCGAGUCCAUCAUUCUGUUCCGGAGCUCUGGUCGGCUGCCGAAGAGCGGAUACGGACGUACGGUCUAGUGGACCUUAGGGUCCAGUUUGGCAAGUCGCGUUUUGUAGUGACCGAUGUUAUCGUUGCGGAAGUUUCGUUUUGCGUUUUGAGCUCUUUUGCUUUGGCCCAGCACGAUUGGGUGAUGCAUUUGAGUCGGAAAGUCGCCCGCUGCAAAGUCAACAUCCUCUUCUGGCGCGCGACCCAUGUCUCUUCCUCGGUGAACAGCGCCGGCCGCAGGAGGGGUGACGAAAACGAGAUGGGGACACCAAACCACAAUUCUCCCACAACCAGUCCUGAGAGGAUCGGACAGACCCAGCGGAACUCGGAGGUAAACUCCGGGCAUCGAAAGCAUUCUCGGCCUUCUCAUGCAAGGAUUGCAACGUGCUUGUGCACGGCCAGACGGGUCGGUACCCCCAAGUUCCCUGUAAGCGCGGACAGCUCCAUCGUAACGAUAGUAGAUCGCCACAGGAUCCGCUCCUGGCUUCUGCAAGAGUCCUGA